UGAACUAAUGAAACAAAGAAAUUUGUUCAGGGAAAAUGUACGUUGGAAUAAUGCCAAGUGGAAUGAAAGCAGCAAUCAAGAGACUUAAUGAGGGCAUUGAGCUUCACAAUUUUAUUGACGAGAUUUUCUGGAAAGCGAAAAUAAGGCAUCCUAAUUUGGUGAGUACUGUGGGAUGUUGUGACAGAGGAGAUGAGUGUCUUGUUUAUGAGUACUGCGUCAAUGGUGAUCUUUCAAGCUGGCUUCUCGGUGACAAAAGGACAGUAAUCUUGACAUGGGAGCGGCGGAUGCAGAUAUUUAUUGGCAUUGCCAGGGGCUUAUGGUUUCUUCAUACCAAUCCAUUGGAAAAAUUAGUUCAUGGAGACAUAAUGUUAGCAAACAUAUUACUGACUGAGAAACUAGAGCCUAAGAUUUCAGACCCCAUAUUAUCAAACUACAAGUUAAAGAAGACCGAAACGAUGGAAACCACCGCAAAUGAUGUUUUCAAUUUUGGGGUUGUGCUACUUCAACUUUUGACAGGAAGAAAGCCAGAAUCUCUGGUUAAAGAGGCAAGGAAUGCAAUAAUGAAAGGAGGAAGCAUAAGUGCCAUGGCAGAUCCAUGCUUAAAUGGGGCUUAUAUUGUAACUGAAUUUCAAAAUGUAUUAUCAAUAGCUGUUCAAUGUACUACUCCAAAUGAACAAGAAAGACCAAACAUGGAAGAAGUCUUACAGAAACUUGAAGAAACCCAUAUUUUAAGUCUAAACUUCAAAUCCAACUGCAAGAAUUUUUGA